UUCAAAAUCCGUAUACGUAUAGCAUCCAUGCGUUUGUUUUGGAUGGGAACAUUACCUUUAUGAUGUAGUAAUUGCGUGAACAACAAGUGUCUCAAGACGGGGCUCAAGAUCGCUGGCUGCACGUUCGAAACAACUCGGUGUGAACGAACUCUACCCUUUGGAAAAACUGGAAAUGAAAAGAGGAAGGGGGAUGGGGGCCCGGCGGAUGAUAAUCAUGAUGAUUCUUGUUUUCAAUGUGUUUCGAUCUGAUGGGCUUAUAUACGAAGCUCGGGUGAAUCAGAUAUGCUCUUUCGAAUUCAACGAAACGGCGAUCGGCAGCUUGGUCAAUCAAAAUUGCUUCAUAACGAAUCUCAAUUAUGGUGUUGCAGUGGCAGCAGAUAGAAGUGAGAACAUUCUGUUUUAUUCAGACAUCAGUACCCUCGAGAUCAGGUCUUAUAACACGGAGACAUUACCCGCUGGCAAUGGGGACAGGAUACUCUAUGGUUUCGGCAGUGUAGAAGAUAUGGCAGUUGACUGGGUUGCCAAGAAUCUUUACACAGCCGACCAAUCGUUUCGACAGAUCGCUGUUUCGAGGUAUGAUGGUAGUAUGAGGGCGGUCCUCAUCCAAGAUGAUGUGGGCAAACCACGGAGUAUUGCACUGCAUCCAGAAAGAGGAUUGAUGUUCUGGGCUGAUUAUGGUGGAUUACCGAGCCUGGAAAGGGCUAAUCUAGAUGGAACGGAUCGGACGACGAUUGUCGACGCGAACAUUCAGUUUCCUAACGGACUCGCCAUCGACUUCGACAAUAGCAUUAUAUAUUUCGCAGACCGUGGAAGCGAUAACAUCGCCUCGGUGGAUUUCGACGGCGGAAAUAGACAGCUGGUCCAUUAUCAAUAUGGGGGUGAUUUCUUUGACAUGGUCCUCGUGAGGGACCAUCUUUUUGUGACGAGCUGGACAUCAGGUCAGGCCGGUGGUCAUAUCACGACUAUUAGUAAUGUGAGCGAUGCCAACCAGGCUGUCGACUUCGAGAUCAUCGACCACAAUACGUUCGCACUCGGCAUUACUACAGACGACGAAGACACGCAACCAGUCAUUUCGAGUCCAUGCACCACAAACAAUGGCGGCUGCCAGGAGCUCUGCUUUCCACUUGCCAACGCAGAAUCCUCAUGCGGUUGUUCGUCUGGUUUUACGCUCAAUGGCGUGACGUGUGAAUCGACUCCUUACGAAGACGACUUCGUGCUAGUGGCCGACAGCGCCCAGAAGAAAAUAUUUCAGGUGCCCAUCGUGAUGGACGCUCCCGACGGUGAUACGGGCCUGGGCAACCCCGUUGAUGACAGCGUCAAGGCAUUGCCCUUAGACGAUCUCGAGUACCCGAUCGCUUUGACCUAUGACCCCGUGCUCAAACACGUCUAUUGGACGGAUCUGACGUAUGGGAGUAUCACCAAGGCAGCCAUUGACGGUAGCUUUAAACAGACAAUAGUGUUUGAUAAUAAUGUCCAUGUUGGUAUUGCUAUCGAUACCGCACGGAGACGCAUCUAUUGGACAGAUGAGGAUCGUGACGUCAUUGAAGUUGCCAAUUUGGACGGGAGCGGGAGACAGAUUAUCAUUCAAAAUUCCUUGAACGAGCCUCGAGGAAUAACAGUGGAUAUCCAAACAGGCGACCUCUACUGGACGGAUUGGGGCAGCGCUCCUAAGAUCGAGAAGGCAUCCAGUUCAGGCACAAGGCGGGAAAUCCUUAUCACUGAGAACCUCAACUUUCCAAAUGGAAUCACCAUCGAUCCUACGGAGAGAAUCCUUUACUGGUGCGACUCUAACCAUCCGGAUCAGAGCAAGAUUGAACAGUACAACCUGGUAACCCUUGAAAGAUCCACCAUAGCUACCCUUCCAUCCCCGUCCCAACCCUAUGGCGUUACCAUCCAUGGUGACUUCAUCUAUUGGUCAGACUGGGUCAAGAAUGCCGUUUAUCGUGUUGAUCGCUUCGUAGACAACCCCUUGUCUGAGGUCGUCGGUGAGGGCGUCAUGCUCGGCAUGCAGGGAAUCGUCUCAUCGCAAAUCUUUGAAGUUGUGACGACAUUAGCACCUCCAGUUACCCAGCCUGACAUAGGAGGGCAAGCAAGAAGCGCCGUCAUCCCCGCUGUAGUCGGAGCUGUAGUCCUCGUGGUCGUUAUCAUCAUUGCAGUCAUUGUCGGAGUCUUAUGCUUCAGAAGGUCCAAGGAAAACAGGAGUUUGGCCCAGGGACAUCGCGGAGGGCAGUCUAAUGACUACAGGGCGCGACCGGCACCACCCAAGUGCGCCGAGGAACCCCCUCCACUCCCCGGCGGUCAUCCGAACGACGACCCUCUCUAUAUGGACCUGGACGCUUUCAAAAAAGACCCACCUCCACCUUACACUGAACUAAACCUGAACCAGCCCGGAGGCUCGGGAGAACAGUCGUACGAAAAUCCGUCCUUCGACGCGGGGGCCGCGAACGGAAACAUAUCACCAUCGCCGACCCUCUACGAUAUGCCCGACGGAAUGGCGCCCCCGCCUCCGGGUGUGACCAAGGAUCAGAUGGCCGCGAGCGGUGGUUACGUCCCGUACCUAAAGAACAACGCCGAACAAGAAGGGUUUUACAUGACACCAGAUGGGACAGCGGGAACGACGGACUCGUUGUAUGAAGUUGCCAAUGCGUAGCCUUAUCAGAUCAUUGCAAAGCACAAUUAUCUUUUGACUCUUCGGUUUUUAGAAAGAACGGUUUUUUAUUCGUGUCUCUGGGCUUUCCCCUAUUUAUUGAAGAAGAAAAUAUCCUUCGCCGUAAGGCAGAAUGUCGAAGAAUCGUCAUCACUCCGCCAUUGACUGUAUCUUCUGUCUUCCGGGAGAGUGUUAGCAUUUAUGUCCGACAAAUUGUAAGAUCUGACUACUUUUCUUGUUUUUUGAUUGGCUAAGAAGCAUUGCUUCUGUACUUUCAUAGUAACUGUCGGAUAAUUUUGUCGCAUAAAAAAAAUCAAAGUCCUUUCAUGAAACGCUUCCCCAAGCAAGUGAUCGUGAACGUGGUGAAGGAUUUGUGAAUACACCAUUUUGGAAGCCGUUAUUUGAGAAUCUGAAGGGAUAUCAUUACUUUCGUCGAGCUGAAUGGACAUUUUUAUUAGUUUACUGUUGCGCGAUUUGUAUGAAACAUUAUUGUCAUGGUAUUUGCAUAUAGAUUCCGAUCUAACUGUAGUUUACGCUGGUCGUAUUAUUUGAUUAUAAUUUUUACUAGAAAUGAGAUUUAUAUUUGUGACAAUUCAUACUAAUUAACUUGACAUUUUAUUGCUAUAUCUUGUACACUGCACAAUAUUUUCGUCAUAUUUUGCACACAUCUGAUCAGUAUUUAGAUCGUACUUCCAGGGCCUAUACAUGAUAACAAAUAAAAAAAUUGCGUUUUGCUAUGAUAUACAUGUAUACGAUGUUGUGUAUAAGUUCAUAAAAAGUCGAUAUAUUUCGCACUGACUAAAGAGAAACUUUAACAUAUAAUAUACUGAUAUAAUAUAAUUUUUUUUUCAAAAAUAAGAGAA